AUGCCAAAUUCGCGACUCUCACCGCGCAGGUUUCUAGCCUGCAACAAGAGAGCCCGCUUCGACGAUGGAACCUCAUCAGCGAUUGCCGGGGAGAGCGAGACCCGCAGUGCACGGUGGCACGGGAACUCGGACCCGAGGCAUUUUCUUACCUCGUUCGGCAUCGUGAUCAACCGACUGAAGUUCACCUCGGCUGAGCAUAAGGAUGCGAUCCAAUGCCAAUUGUUCGUUGAAUACCUCGAAGGCAUAGCUUUGGAUUGGUUCUCAAGAUUGGAAGCCGACUCCAUUGAUAACUACAAGGAGCUUUCGACUAAGUUCGCAAAGCAUUUCUCGAUGUUCAUUGGGCAGAAAACCCGUAACUCCGAGCUGUGGGAGAUAUCACAGGGCGAAAAUGAAUCACUCCGAGACUUCAUGGCGCGUUUCAAGCAGAUUGUGGCGCACUGCACGGUCGACGAUGAAGCCGCCCUCGAAGCAAUAUACCAGAAAACAUGGUACAAAUCACCUUUCCAUAAAGAGCUUCGCAGAAACAGGCCGCUCACGUUAGAGGACGCGCUUCACAAAUCGAACAUUUUCAUCGCAGAAAAGGAGGAAGAAGCCGCCAAAGACCGGCAGUAUUCAGCGUCAAAGCCUGACCAGACCUUAACCACCAAAGAUAACUCGGAAACAAAAGUCCAGUUUGGCAAACCGCGCGGAGUAGUAAACCAGGCAGGAUCAUCAAACCAAAAGUCCGGACAGCCACCAAAAUCUUGGAACACAUGGAAUAGAGAAUAUGAUACGCCGCUAAGUGAACGUUUUUGCGAGUAUCACGAACGAUAUGGGCACAACACGGAGGAGUGCCGACAUCUGAGGGACUUUUUACUUCAACAGUUCCGCAAGGGCGAUUCGACACUGCAGAUUUGCCUAAACCCGGACCCCGGCGGCCGAACCCGCGACCAAACAAACCCGGCAAUCAAGAAGCUGCCAAGGCAGUCGAUUCUGAUGAAGAGCAGGUCGCUCCCCUAA